CUUAUUCUACACACGUCAAAUUUGGCAUAGGCGGAAAUCACAGGACCGCGGCUCUCAUCGGCUCACCGUGCCACACCUUAACAACUCCCUCCCGCUCCGAACCGUGUAUUCCAUCGCGUUUUACACCACUGCUCUCGAACCAACACGCGAAUCGGACUUGUCAGCCAGGGAUCAUGAUUCCCUCCGCUAAGUUUCAGUGUCUGCUUACCUGCAUAUCUACAAUAGAGCUCUCAAGUCCGCCAUGACUGUCACCGGAACGCAGUGAUCACUCUCUCCAAUACCACAUCGAUCACCAUGAUGCCCUCAAUCGACCUCACAUCCAAUGACGCCCGCGUCCUCACAGCCCUAUUUGACCCCGAAUCCUCACCAAACUCAACCCCCAAAACAGACGCCUCCCUUCCUCCCUACCCAUCCAUCGCCUCUUCCACCCUCUCCACUCUGCGCGCCCUCGAAGCAAGCGCAAUCCGGCCGCUGAACGUCCCUCACCCUUCUGCACACGCGAUACAAACCGCAAUAUCUGCCCUUACCGACAUCAUAAACCAGGAACCGACAUAUGCCUCUGCAUACGCGAACCGCGCACAAGCCCGACGUCUCGCGCUCUGCGACCCCUUGUUCGCCCAUGAGAACGCAACAGAGGUGGAGGCGCUCUUCGCAGACCUGGACGCGUGUAUAACACAUGCUUCGCCUGCGUCUCCUAUAUCGCCAGUGUCGCCGCACCAAGUCCGGCUGCUCGCGGCAGCACAUACACACCGGGGAUACCUUCUUAUGAAAGCGGCGACAGCGGCGCAGGAAAGUGCCCUGCUCGUUGGGCCGGUGCGUGCGCGGACGAAGGACGAGUUGGAAGAGCAGGCCAGCAGGGAAUUCUUUCUCGGGGGCAGAUAUGGAGAUCGCACGGCGAGAGAGAUGAGUGUGCGGACAAAUCCGUAUGCGAAGAUGUGCGGAGCGAUUGUGAAGGAGGCAAUGAAGAAAGAGCGGGAGGAGUUCAUGGGGUUAAACCAAGGGAUGCAUUAGGGAGCGCAUAUGAAGAUACUGUGGCAUUGAAUGGCAUUGAAUCGCGUUGAAGGCACACAAAAAAGAUUGCAUCCCGCGAGAAAAGGUUACGAGAAUGCUCACCUACGCUGUCUCUCGCCCUGUACCCGCCUUGUACCUAUCAAGCGCCCGUUUCCGACAUGUUGCAUGGUCCACAAUCAUCUUCGGGUAUCCACCCUUCCUUGCCGUAUCCGCCGCUCCUCUGCCAUAUGGAUCAUGGAUCGCCUUCCCUUUAACGUGCUUGA